CAAAGUAGCAAGAAAAGGAAACGGAAUGCGGGAGGCGGAGCAAAAGAAGACGACAUCAACCUCAAGAGCGUCGAGGUGAAUAUCGAGAAGCUCAUGAAGCAGAUGCAUGAAGAGGACGUGAAGGGGGCGAAGGAUAAGCAGGAGAAGAAAGAGAAGUGGGAAAAUAAGAAGAAUCAGGGAAAGACGAGGGAAAGAGAGGGGGAGAAGGAGAGGAUGGGCAAGAAAGGAGGAGAGGGUGGUCGGAAUACGCCGAUGGGCAAGGGGCAAAAAGACGUACCCAACCAAAAGUCAACUCCGAACAUCCGAACAAACUCCAAGCUCACCCCCCUCCAAGCAAAGAUGAAAGCCUCCCUCUCCGGCGCCCGUUUCCGGUGGAUCAACGAGCAGCUCUACACAUCCAGCGCGUCAUCAGCGCACGAGCUCAUGCGCUCCCAGCCUAACCUGUAUGAAGACUAUCAUGCCGGCUUCGCAGCGCAGCUCGUGGGGUGGCCAACUCCCCCGCUGGACGCCCUCGCGGUGCUGCUCCAGAAGCUGCCGAAGACGGCGCUGAUUGCCGAUCUGGGGUCGGGGCCGGGGACGCUGGCUAAGAAACUCGUCCCUCAGGGGAGGAAGGUGCUGAGUUUCGACCUCCACCCGGAUGAUUGGGUAACGGAAGCGGACUUUUGCGAGCGAAUCCCUCUCCCUGGAAGUGAGGGCGAGGAGAGCGGAGCAAUCGUGGAUGCGUGUGUCUGCUGCCUGAGUCUUAUGGGCACAGACUGGAUAUGCGGCGUAAGAGAGGCGAGGAGGGUGCUUGUCGCCAACGGGCAACUGCUCGUCGCCGAGGUCACCUCGCGCUUCACAGAUGUGUCGAAUUUUGUGCAGGUCAUAGAGAGUGUGGGGUUCAGGAUGACGAAGAAGGAUGACGGGGAUACGCACUUCAUGCUGUUUGUUUUUGAGAAGGUUGACAAGGAUUUGGAGGAGUGGGAGGAGGUCGUCCAGAGGGCGGAGGGACUGCUCAAGCCGUGCGAGUACAAGAGGCGAUAGGAUAACG